CCAGGGUCUUAUUUUAUCUCUGAAAAUGGCAUCACUGUGGAUAAUUGUCAUUGCUUUAUACACAAUAUCUCCAGUCCGAUCUGUGGAUCUUCUCCAGCCAUCAUUUCUCUCAGUGAAGCCUGGAGAACAUGUUACUCUUGUAUGUCCAUUUGGAGAUAAUCAUCGGACUGAAAGUGUGAUUUGGUACCAGCAAAGAUUUGGAGAGAUGCCUCAAAAAGUCGGGGAAAGAUUAGCGUAUAAGGAGAUAAAGAUUUCCCCAGCGUUCGAGAGGUCAGGAUUUACACUGAAGACGAGUGAACACGGCAUUUCUCUAAAAAUUCCACAAGUGAAUAGAGAUCAUGGAGGACUUUACUACUGUGAACGAUUUUUUAACUUGGAGAACGUUACCUUAUCUAAUGGAACCUUCUUGUCUGUGAGAGGUGAUGAAGAUGAAAAGGUUUUAGUGUUCCAGAGCAGUGUGUCAGACUCGGUUCCUGCAGGAGCAGCAGUGACUCUGCAGUGUUCGGUUCUCUCUGAGAGCAGAGCAGCAGAACUCCAAGUGCUCUGGUUCAGAGCUGCUCCAUCACAAUCCCAUCCUCAACUCAUUUACACUCAUCACAACAGCAGCCUUCAGUGUGAGAGUGAAUCUUCUACACACACCUGUGUGUACAACUUGUCCAAGAACAUCUUCAGCCUCAAUGAUACUGGUACUUACUACUGCGCUGUGGUCCUGUGUGGGAAGAUCAUUUUCGGGAACGGGACACUAGUACAGCUGGAGAAUUGUGCGUCUUCUAAUCCUGUAGUGAUGAGUCUGGGAACAGUGUUAGUAAUGUGCGGGAUUUUGAUUUCGGUUCAAGCUGCUUUACUGUGUCAAAGGAAAAACUCUCAGCAACACAGAGAGAGAAUUCAGCAUGGUGCUAUAACCAACAUUGAAAAGACAAACGUUCAGGCCGGUGAAACUGUGGAGCUGAAUUACGCUGCUUUACAAUUUAAUGACCAGAAAACUAAAAAAUUGAGAAAAAAUCGAGGUCAACCUCAGGAAAGUGUGUACGCUGAAAUGAAAUAUUCCAGCAUUACACACUAA